AUGCCAGCUUGCGAAGGCCGCUCCGGAGGCACUGCUCGGCCGCGGCCGGCGACGGACAAGGCCAUUCCGGGCGUCCUGCCACUGCAUGGCGACACUCCGCGGACGAAUCCGGAGUAUCCGGCAUGGCUCCUGGGCUGUGCUGCCGUGGGGGUGGCUCUCGGUGAGAGGUUUGUCACACAUCCGCUCGACACGGUAGCGACGCGGGCCCAGCUGCUCUCUGCCCGCUUCCCGGCCUACCCGCUCCGGCGCGUCCGCCCCGCCAUCUCCGCCCUCAUCCGCAACGAUGGGUGGAUGGCACCGUGGCGGGGGCUGAUGCCGGCGCUGGCAGGUGUGCUUCCUGUCAUGGCCACUCGCGCCCUGGUCAACGUGACGGUCAAAGAGGCUCUGGUGCCGGCACGGACCGACGGCGACGGCCAGGGCGAAGCCGAGAGCUCGUGGUUGCCGAUGGUGCGCCUAACGGCGGCCGGUCUGCUGGCGGGCGCGGCCGAGGGCCUGGUCAUUGCGCCGUUUGACGCGUGCAAGGUGCGACUGCAGGCAUGCGACGCACCGGGUGCACUCAAGACCUCAGUCACCACAGUCCGCGAGGUCUUGCGCGACGUCGGUACGCUCGGUCUGCUCCGCGGUGCGUCGCUGUCGAUGGUGCGGUCGUCGGUGGCCGCCGGCGUUCUGUUUCCGGCCUAUGAGGUGUUGUGCCACACCAUGGCGCUCGACCCGCCGCUCGACGUGCUCGAGGGCUCGGAGCGGGUAGCCGCCGGCGCCGGCGCAGCCAUGCUCGCGGUCGUCGUGGCUAACCCGGUCGCGGUCCUCACCACCCGGGUCCAGCGCGGGCAGCUCGGAUACAACGGAGCAGUCGGCUUUGGCCUCCUCCACGCCAUCCACACUGACGGCCUCGGCGUGUUUGCCAAGGGCCUCUACGCUAAUGCCUCGCGCAUGUUCGUCGGUACGGCAUUUACGCUCACUGUGUACGAGCUGAUCAUGCGCGCAGCGCGCAGCACAACAGAAGCAGGCGAAGAAGAUUGAUGGGAAAGAUAAAUCAUUACGGAGCCACGCCGCUGUGGGCAUGCAUACGCGAGACGUACUCACGGAGAACCGUGUUUUCGGCCUCGAGCGCCGCCAACCGGUCCAUGAGCGAGUUGGUCG